UAUAUAUAUAUAUAGAUAGAUAGAUAGAUAUAGAUAUAUAUAUAGAUAUAUCUGCUGUCCUCUCUAUCUCUAGCUGUUUUGGUGAUGGUCGUUCAUGUGCGUUCAUCGUCACGUGUGCGGGAGCUCAAUGAUCCUGGGACUUUGGUUGUCAUGGUGUGAAGCUCCACCCUGGAAAGAGAUGAUACACAAACAAAGUGAUGCUCAAAAGCUGAAAGAUAUGAAUCACUGGAGGAGAAAAGUUCAUAAAUACAGAGAUCAGAAAGCCAUUGGAAGUAUGCUCAAGUGGACUCUGGUGCUGGUGUGUGUGAGUGUGUGUCUGGGUCAGAAUCCCAUCAACACCAACCCGGGAGAAGAAACAGAACUGACCUCUGAUCAUCAUGACCACAUCACACUGAAACAAACCUAUGCUCAAUUGAUGAAGAACAGCAACAAACUGGGUGUGUUCAUCGCUGCUGCUGCAGGAACUCUGACGCUGAUGGCUGUGGUUUACUGCAUCUACAACCAUUUCUACUCCAAAAACAUUUAUUCACACACUCAGCUACAUGAAUCUGAUAUCGCUCUGGAUCUGAGCAGCUCGUCCUCGUCGGUGUUUUCGGGUUAUGUGAUGGAGGGAUGGAUGCAGCAGAGGAUGGAGAAAGGCGGAGGGAGUUACGGCUCUCUCUCUGACACUCCUUCAAUAAUCACUCUCCCUCCUCCUCUUUCACCUCCUCAGCGAGCGUCUCCCUUUCACUCGCUCUCUCUGUCCAGACCGCCGCCUCUGAGAACUAUUUCAGCCCAGGAUCUGGAGAAGAGCUUCCUCUGAGACCGUCCACACACCCGCUGUGACUCUUCCUGUGUGUGUGUGUGUGUGUGUGUGUGUGUGUGUGUGUGUGUGUGUGUGUGUGUGAGGGUUCAAUUUACAGCUGUAUGCAAAAGUGGCGUGACCUCUGACACAUUAUACGGCUUUUAUAACCUCUGCUGCAAACAAUAACCUCUCCAGAUUUCAGUGCAGGGCUGCUGUUAUUAUGCUGAAUGUAACAUUCUUUAAAGAUUUAAUGAUAUGAAUGUUCUCUAUUCUAUUCUAUUCUAUUCUAUUCUAUUCUAUUCUAUUGUUUACUUCUGUUCUCUAGUAUGUUCUGUUAAUUUCUUUUUUGUUCUGUUGUGUUCUAUUAGCUCUUUUUAUGCAUUUUCUUUGCUAUUAAUAUGAAAAAUGAAACAUUUCUUAAAUAUUUUGUUUAGAAUGUUCACUGUUCUAUUCUCUUCUGUUUUUUUCUAUUGUUCAUUUAUUUUCUGUGCUGUUGCUUUCUAUUCUAUUGUUCACUUAUGUUCUCUCUAGUCUAUUAUAUUCUAUUUAUUUCUGUUUUAUUGUUUUCUAUUCUAUUCUUUUCAUUUCCUUUCAUAUUAAUGUACAGAAUGUAACAUUCCUUAAAUAUGUUGUGAUUGGAAAGUUCUAUUCUGUUCUUUAAGGAUUUAAUUGACUGAAUAGCAUGAAAUGGAACAGAAUGGAAUGGAAUUUUAAAAUUCACAAUCAAUAAGUAAACAAGUAAAUAAAAUCCAAACUAUACUGUUCAACUUAACAGAACACAGUUUGGCUCAGCUGCAUCUGCUCUUGUAAACAAAAUUUGGUAACGCUUUACAAUAAGGUUCAUUUGGUUAACAUUAGGUAUUGCAUUAGGCGUCAUGAAAUGACAGCAAACAAUUCUUUUACAGCACUUAUUAAUGAAGGUUAAAAUUUAAUAUAAGCUGAAUACAUUAACAUGAAUGUAUUUUGAAAUAAACGAAUUAUCAGUGGACGAUAAAACACUUUGGAGUCAGUACGAUUUUUUCAAAAUUGUUAUUUAUCAUUAAUUUAAUGUGUCCUUUCUGAAUAAAAGUAUCA